AUGUUGAAGAUGGGUGUUUUAAAGGUGGAAAUAGUGUUGUUACUGAACUUGUUGUUAGUAAGCGGAGACGUGUAUAAUAACGAAGUGAGUGAACAUUCUCUGGAGUUGACUCAGUCCUUGAACUUGGCGCGACAAGAGUUGAUUCAAGAGACGUGCCGACAUUUCCCUCCGAAGUACGGUUUGGAUGAGCUUCCACCGAGCCAACUGGAGCAUAUCUUAAUAAACGAAGAACACAAACUUCUGUACUGCUAUGUGCCAAAGGUGGCCUGCACCAACUGGAAGAGAAUCUUCAUGAUGCUAUCAGGCAAAUGGAAUGGCACAGAUGUGUUGUCCAUCACAGCCAGUAUAGCUCAUACUCCUGGAUUGUUCCGGGAUUUAAGCAAUGUAAGCAAAGCAGAGAGAGAUUAUAUGCUAGAGAAUUACAACAAGAUGAUCAUAGUAAGGAAUCCAUUUGAAAGGCUGCUGUCAGCAUUUAGAAAUAAAUUGGAAGGUGACACAUUGAGUGCCAGAUACUUUCAGGACCGCAUAGGAAGACGAAUCAUAAAGGCCUACCGCGAGAACCCAUCGAAUGAGUCUCUGGAGUACGGCCGUGACGUCACGUUUAAAGAGUUCGCGCUGUUCCUCACGAACCGGUCUGAGGAGAUGGCUGAUGUCGUGAACAACGAACAUUGGCAGCCCAUCACGAACCUGUGCCAUCCUUGCCUGAUCAAAUACACUUUAGUCGGUAAAUACGAGACCUUGCUAGACGAUUCGACAUUAGCGCUGCAUACGAUCAACGCAUCCCACAUUCAAUUCCCACGUCUGGAUCAUACUUCGGGCACCGCAGAGAAACUGCACAGGUACUUCUCCCAACUCGACCUCCCACUCAUCAGGCGCCUCUACAAACUCUAUAAACAUGACUACAGGAUAUUUAACUACAAUCUAGACAAUAUUGUAGGCUUCGACCUAGGUUAA